CUGCCCGCCGGCCCUGUCCGCAUCGGCGGCUUCGGCGGGGCGGAGGGACUCGCGUCCUAUCUCAGGGAAGAGCGGAUCGGCCUCCUGAUCGAUGCCACCCAUCCCUUUGCCACGCGGAUCUCGGCCCAGGCGCGCGACGCGGCGAGAGAGGCCGGUGCGGCGCGGCUCGUGAUCGUACGCCCGCCCUGGCGUCCGCUGCCCGGCGAUCGCUGGAUCGACGUCGACACGGUGGAGGAGGCUGCGGCGGCGAUCCCGGCCGAGGCCCGGCGCGUGUUCCUCACCGUCGGCGUCCGCUCGCUCGCGCCCUUCGCCGGGCGCCCGGACCUCUGGUUUCUGGUGCGGCUGGUGGACGAGCCGGCUGAGCCGAUUCCUCUCGCGCAACACCGGCUGAUCUGCGCCCGCGGGCCCUUCGCGGAGGCGGACGAGCGCGCGCUGCUUGAGGCCCACGGCAUCGAUUGCCUGGUCACCCGCGCGAGCGGCGGCGAUGCGACCGUGGCAAAGCUCGCGGCGGCGCGGGCGCUCGGGUUGCCGGUGGUGAUGCAUCUGGAUCGAUAG